UUUCCAUAAAAUAAAAUCAGCUUACUCAAGGUUAGAAUUUGAAGAGUUUGGACAAAUGUAUACUGUUCUGAAACCGUGGCUACAAUGUUUAAAAAGAGUCCUUUGCUUUUAGAGCUACAUGCUGAAAUAGUUACAGAAGAAAUAAUAUGGGAGGAAAUUUAUAAUAAUCAUAAAGGAGGAAAAAACAAUAAUACAGGAAGGAGGAUUAGGCACAGAUAUGGAGAAAACAAGGCAGGCCACACAUUGAUGAUUGUUGAAACUAAGUGAUGGCUACACGGGAGCUUCGUCAGACAGUUCUUGACACUUUUGCUGUGUUUAAAUUUUCCAUAAUACAAGUUUUAAAAAAAGUUUCUUUCCUGGGAGACGGCUUUGCUGACCACCCUUGCUAAAAUAAUACCCUCCCCUCUAGGUCACUCCUGUUUGAAAUUCUGUGUUUCUGUCUCCCCAACUAGACCGUGAGCUCCGGCAAAGCAGGGGCUGCCUCUGAUGUGUCCCCUGCUGGGACCCAAAACCUGGAACUGCCUGGCACAUAGCCCUCUAGGUGGUUGCUGGUAUGGAGGGCCCUCUGGCGGAGUGUGCCAAGGGUGAGCACUUCCACAUCGUCACACCUCUGCUGGAGAGCUGGGCACUGUCCCAGGUGGUGGGCAUGCCUGUCUUCCUCAAGUAUGAGAAUGUGCAGCCGACUGGCUCCUUCAAGAUCCGUGGCAUUGGACGUUUCUGCCAGGAGGUGGCCAAAAAGGGGUGCAGACACCUGGUGUGCUCCUCAGGGGGUAACGCAGGCAUCGCUGCCGCUUACGCUGCUCGGAAGCUGGGCAUCCCAGCCACCAUUGUGCUCCCCGAGGGCACCUCUCUGCAGGUGGUGAGCAGGCUGCAGGGGGAGGGGGCCGAAGUUCAGCUGACGGGAAAGGUCUGGGACGAGGCCAAUCUAAGGGCACAAGAGUUGGCCAAGAAGGACGGCUGGGUGAACAUCCACCCGUUUGACCACCCCCUGAUAUGGGAAGGCCACGGGAGCCUGGUGCGGGAGCUGAAGGCAGUGCUGGGGACCCCACCGGGUGCCCUGGUGCUGGCAGUAGGGGGCGGAGGCCUCCUGGCCGGGGUGUCGGCUGGUCUGGCAGAGGUGGGCUGGAAGCAUGUGCCCAUAAUUGCCAUGGAGACCCAAGGGGCACACUGUUUCAAUGCGGCCGUUAAGGCAGGCAGGCUGGUGACACUGCCGGACAUCACCAGUGUAGCCAAGUGCCUGGGUGCCAGGACGGUGGCUGCACAGGCCCUGGCGUGUACGAAGGAGUUCAAGGUCUUCUCUGAGGUGGUGGAGGAUGUUGAGGCCGUGAGCGCUGUGCAGCGGUUCCUGGAUGGGGACACUGAGGCAUGGAAAGGUGACAUAACUCACUCGAGGUCACACAGGCUGGAAUGUAGCCCGGCCAGUUUCAAACCCUGUGAUUUUCGACAUGACUCUGUAUUUCUUGGACCUUCGCCUUCUUUGUGUGGUGGGACAUUGGAGAAGGAGGCUGAGGAUUUGAGAGCAGCAGUGUCCUCCCUCUGCUUCUCCCACUGCUUCGGUUUCAUCCUCCCUUUGACCGUAGACGUCGACCUCGGUUGCCAAGGUCGUCCCUCCAGAAGGCUCCAGGACCCAGCCCUAUGUCCUUGUGGGUUCCUGGAAUAGACACUGAGCGCUCCAGAGCGGGACACAGCCAGGUUUGAGCCUGAACUUUGUUCCUACUCACUACCCCAGUGACCUUGAGUAAAUGAUGCUCUGGUUCAGUACCUCAGUGUUCUAAUUAGUAAAAUGGGUUGUUUGCAGAUUACGCCUAGGACCCGGCACAGGUGUCGUCUUUCAAUAACUGCCAGUUCUUACCAUUUCCUGAGUGUUCCUCCUGCAACAGUGAGGGGUGCGGAGGAACUAGUAGUUAUUCUUGUGUUGAGCACCUACUGUGUGCUUCGGGUCUCAGCAGUCAUUUCAGUUAAUCCUGCAGUAACCUAUGUGGUAGAUACUAUUAUAAUCUUCAUUUUUUUGCAAAUGAGGAAACCGAGGCACAGAGCAGUCAAGCACUUACUCCAAGUCACACAGCUGAACUGGAACGCUGCUAUGUAAACACCUGGGCUUGUGCCUCUAACCACGACUGCUCUCCUACCUCCUUUCCUUUGCUUAAGCCAUGCCCCCUGCAUACCAUGCCCUCUACGCUUCUAAAUCCUACACAUUCUUCGAAGCCCAGUGUAAAGGCAGCCUCCUCCCUGAAGCCCCUGGGAUUGCUUCAGCCAGAGAACGUCUCCCCAACCCCGCACUCCUCCAGGUGAGUGGCAGAGCCCGUCUCCACUCCAGGUGCUCUGUCUCCCACUCAGGCUUCCUGUCCUUGGCUGCACUCUUGGGAGACUUGUCAGCUGCCGUUUGCUCCUCUCCUGGUCUCGGCAAGCUUGAGAUAAGAACCCGAGGGGCCUGUUGACCCUGUCCAGAUAACACAUGUCAAUUACCUUGGAGUAGCCCUUCCUGGUUGACACCCAAGGAAUGCCAAGGGCAGAGCGGAGGCACAGGGAGAGAGCAGGAUGUGGACGGUUGAAGCUGAGGUGAUGGUUGUUAUGACCUGAUGUAGCAGGAUGGGCACUGGAGCUGAGAAACUAUUGCCAUUCUGCCUUUGCCCUCCUGGACCACUCAGUGGGGGAAAUGGGGAGCCUAUGAAGAGGGUCCUGGGAGCACGAGAUUUUCUGUAUUGGUCCAGGGCUCUGUGGAGAGCACUGAACACUGGGUCACCAGGUGUGUGUACCUGCCUGAGAUACACCCAGCUUCUCCAUCCCAGCUGGGGCCCCUCUCCUGGGAGGCGGGCCCUUUGGUUCCCUGUGGGUCCUAUCAGCUGAGGUUCCCUCUGUCUUCUCAUCAGGUGGACUCUAAAACCCCUGCCUCCAGAGGCUGCCUCCAUCUAGUCCUUCACUCCAGCCUUAAGCCAAGGUGAUGGUUGAAAUCCAGGCUUUGGUUGGCAAAGGGGGUGUUUUUACCCCAGAGCUGGCCCCAGGCAUGGCAGGGGCAUGGGAAGGCGGACCAGGGUUAUGCCACUGUUGCUCUCCUUUCUCCAGCCUGGGCAAGAGCCCAGUACAAAGCAGAUACGUGCUCCAGUACCUUCAGAGAAGGGUCUGACCCUCAGUUGUGGACACGAUGGCUCAGACUGGCUUUAUGUCCCAAGUCAUCUGUGCAUGGCUGUGUGCUUUUGUACCUGUAGGCAUGCAUGUAUGUUUGUGUCCAUGUGUGGGAGAGUGCAUGCACUCGUGUAUUUAUGAGACAACACUUGCAAUUCACUGAAGGAUUUCCCUCAAACCGUGUAGAGCUUCACAUUUUUGCACUUGGGACUUACAAUCCAGUCACUAGCCAGGCAUCAAACUUAGAUGUAUAUGAUGAAGCAGGUUGGGGGCUAGACAUUAGGGAGUGGUGGGGAUUGGAGCAAACGGGGAAGCUCAUAUUCUGCCUAAAGGAGGUGGCCACUGCUCAAGUUUAUCCAAUAGCAGGUCCAGCAUAACAGAUCUCCUAAUUAAUUAGUGUUAGCUCAAAUUCAAAGCAAUUUAGGAAAAGCCUGCAUAUUUAUAAAAAGGCUCUGGACAGGUACUGCAGGGAAGGAGGAGGAACAUGUGACCCCAACCUCAGCCAAUCCAAGCAUUGUAUUCUGUCUGGCCAUGGUGACUGGUUCAAGGGCAGGCCCAGGAGCCAAACUGUCCAAUCAGAGCAGCUCUCAGGAUGUGAGCUGGGAAUUGUUUGGCAAAUUCUGGAGACGUGUUUGAUUGCCACAGCUGGGUUGGGGGAGCGUGCCCCGGCACUUAGUGGGUGAGGUCCAGGGAAGUUGCCCGACACCCUACAAUGCACAGGAUGGCCCCCACGGCAAGGAGUAACUGGACCUUAGAGCAGUAGAGCCGAGGUUGGGAAACCCUGUGUUAGGCAAAUCUCAUCUCUUCUGGGCCUGGAUUAUUUCUAUUUGUGUAUUCCUGGGAGAUGGCGUGCUGUUUUAAUUGUUGUCACUUUAUCAAGCAACUACUCAAUGGCUGGGAGGAUCCCGUCUUACACACGAAGAAAGGGAUGCUGAGAGAGAGGCAGCGCCCAGGCCCACUCCAGAGUCAAGGACCCUAAUUACCAUGACAGCCAGCGUAGCCAGGGGUUCCAGGGAAAGGAGGCAGGUGGAACCACGGUCCGCCCCCUGUAGAACCUGGUUCGCUGAGCUGUGAUGACGGGCAGGUAGUGAACCCAAUGAGGCAACGCAUCUCACUGGAC